CGACGAAGGUUGCGAUGGCCAACAUGAUCGUGGCUUCUUCCCUUCCAACCACAAGCAUCACCUGCGCCUCCACAUCUAAACCUAGAUUGCAACUCCCACAGAUCUCACUUCCCCACAAAAUCAAAAUCACAAAGCACCAAUGUCACCAGAUUCUGGCUUCUUCCCUCAAAUCCUCUGCUGCAAUCGCCGCUGCGGUCCUAGCGAUGCCUCCUCCAUCGAUGGCCGUGGAGAUGGAGAAAGCAGCACUCUUCGACUUCAACUUGACGUUACCGAUUAUAAUGACCGAGUUCUUGGUACUUAUGGUGGCGCUUGACAAGAUCUAUUUUACCCCGCUAGGUAAAUUCAUGGAUGAGAGGGAUGCGGCGAUUAAGGAGAAGCUGAGCAGCGUGAAGGACACCUCGACGGAGGUGAAGCAGUUGGAAGAGCAGGCUGCGGCGGUGAUGAAGGCGGCGAGGGCAGAGAUAUCGGCGGCGCUGAACAAGAUGAAGAAGGAGACGACGAUUGAGGUGGAGGAGAAGCUGGCCGAGGGUAGAAAGAAGGUGGAGGCAGAGCUUGCGGAGGCGCUUGGAAAUUUAGAGAAGCAGAAGGAGGAGACAAUUAAAGCUCUUGACUCUCAGAUCGCUGCUCUCAGUGAUGAGAUCGUCAAGAAGGUCCUUCCAGUCUCACCCAAAUAAAUUGUUCCAAAUUCUGUGUAUUAUUCUGUCUAGUGUUAAGUAGUUGAAAUUUGUAGAAUUGGAGAUUGAAACUCCUGAUAUUUUCUCAUAAUCGUCUUUACGUACCCACUGGAAAUAUGU